AGUGACGUCAGUCCAGGGGCGCCAAAUCUGCAGCAGACAGAAACACAACACAGAAGUAGUGAACAGUGUUGUCACCGUCUAAAUAGCCAGCUGUCAUGGACCUCAGCCCCUAUGAGACAGACAACUCGGUCAGCUGCCGGCUGGCCUCUCAGAUCCCUGAUGUGUGCCGGACUGAGGACUGCUGUCUGGGCAUCGACGAGGCAGGCAGGGGGCCUGUGCUGGGGCCCAUGGUGUAUGGAAUAUGUUUCUGUCCUGUUUCCAAAAAGCCGCAGCUGAAGGCUUCAAAAGUAGCAGAUUCAAAGACUUUAACAGAAGCAGAAAGAGAGAAUCUUUUCCAAACACUGGAUAAAGCCAAAAGUUACAUAGGCUGGGCUGUGCAGAUCCUCUCACCAAACACCAUCUCUACCAGCAUGUUACAGAGGACAAAAUACAACCUGAACGCCCUUUCACAUGAUACAGCAAUUGGUCUAGUACAGUAUGCCCUGGACAGUGGAGUGCAGCUCACAGAGGUAUUUGUGGACACAGUUGGCCCAGCAGAGAAGUAUCAGGAGAAACUCUCCAAGCUGUUCCCAGGUAUCGAGGUGACUGUGAGACCAAAGGCCGACUCCCUCUUCCCCGUCGUCAGUGCAGCCAGUAUCUGUGCGAAGGUGGCCAGGGAUCGUGUUGUAAAGGGCUGGAACUUUCCUGAGGACUUGGAAGAGGUUGAUGCAGACUACGGCUCAGGAUACCCCAGUGACCCCAAGACUAAAGCGUGGCUGCUGAAGUACCUGGACCCAGUGUUCGGUUACCCUCAGUUUGUUCGAUUUAGCUGGAGCACUGCCCAAACCCUGAUGGACAGCAAGGGUGUGACUGUUCACUGGGACGACGACGACGAGGACGGGGAGAAGGCAGCCCAGCGGCAGAACAACCGGUCCAUGUUGGCCUACUUCAGUGCAUCAGCUGGAGGUAACAACCAAAACGCGACCCACCAGACACACCGCUUCUUCACUGAGCGGAGGCUGAAGAGCCUCGACACACUCUGAAGACAACACAGUAGAGGGCACGCGCACACACACACAGGAAAUCAUGUGCAAGCUUUCAUGUGCAGACCAAACAGUGAGUCUUCGGCACAGAUGUGGACUUUGAUGAAACAUUGCAGAUAUUGUAUGUUUGUAUCACCAAUACAAACAUAAAUGAAGAUCUAUCUUUAUUUGU